AUAAAUACUGAACAAUUCAACUUGAUUGACUGCAGAAACACUGAACAGUUCAAGACUGCAUACAUCCUGAACAGUCAAACUCUAACUCAAUGCACUCUGGGGAUCUUUUGACAGGAGCACUUCCAGGAGUUUCCAGUGCACAUGGCUAUGCUUAUCUGCAACGCACUAAAAGAAGAGAAGAAGAUCCUCAACAUGGCCAUUAAAACAGAGGAGAAUGCAGGCUCAGCACAGAACAACAGCAUGGGGGGAAAGCACAGAGAACUGGACAAGAAAGUGAGCAAGUUAAGGAAGAUGGUGCAGGAUGCAGAAAUAAAUAUAAAAUCAUUAGAAGACCUUCAAGAUGAGCAUGACUUCAAGAAGAACACUCUUCAGAGCCGAGACCAGGAGCCGAACGGCCUGAAGGAUCAGGAGCACAAACGAGAGGAGUUGCUGAUAAAGGAGAUGUUCAUCAGACUAAACAUGAAGAGGGAGCAGGUCGUGCAUCAGGUAGCUGAGGCUCUGAAAAUGACGGAUCACAUCCAGUUCAGUCUGACCACGGAGGAGCUGCCCGAGUGGAAGAGGCGCCAGCAGGUCGCCUGCAUCGGCGGCCCCCCCAACACCUGCCUCGACCAGCUGCAGUCAUGGUUCACGUCGGUGGCGGAGAGCCUGAAGCAGGUGCAACUGCAGCUGAGGAAGCUGCAGGAGCUGGUGCAGAAGUACACAUACGAAAACGACCCCAUCAAUCAGGGGGUCAACUCAUUGGAGGAACGUGCCAUGGUGCAGCUCAAGAACGUUAUAGUCAGGUGAAGACACAAACACUAU